GUCCAGGUAGUUCGCUCUUCUGAAGCUCCCUGCCGCGGCGCUGGCUGUUGCAGGAGAAGUGAGCUAAUUGUGGAGUAAGGGUUCAUUUUGGGUGGAGAAAGUUAGUCACCAUAGUAACAAGAUGGCUGCUGCGCCGCCUAACUACCGAAGUUCUUCUGCGGCAGUGAACGCCAUCGGCAUCUCUCCUACUUUUCUUCCUAAGAGGAUAAACUUCACCUCUUUUUCUCGCCUGCAUGCCUCUAGUUUCUCUCCGCGUCACAUCUGCAAUGAUGGCGGCCGCGGAGCUGCUAACAGGGGAAUGAAGCCAUAUUCUAACCAACGGCAGUCAAUAUCGGCAUCAUCAUCGCCAUCGUCAUCUCUCCUGCAGAACAACAGCAGCAGCAGCAGAACAAAGAACACUGGAGAUGAGCUUCGCCGCCAGCAACGGCAUAAAAAGAAAAGCGGAGAAAUGGCGGCGGAGUGCAUCCCAUCGGCGGAAGAGGCAUCCAUCAGCGUCCGGACGCUAUACCAGAACGGAGACCCUCUAGGUCGACGGGAGCUCGGGAGGUGUGUCGUCCGGUGGAUCUCCCAGGGAAUGCGAUCAAUGGCUGCAGAUUUGGCAUCGGCGGAGAUUUUGGGCGAGUUCUCUGAGCUGAGGCAGCGGCUGAGCCUUGGAGUGGGGGUGACGGAAACAUCAAAACUCCUGAAUGGAAAUGACGCUGGAACAGGAAGUCUGGCAUUUGUAAUCCAAGCUCAGCCUUACCUUAAUGCAAUACCGAUGCCAAAAGGCCAGGAAGCCCUCUGCUUCAAGGUCAGUACCCAUUACCCCACUCUCUUCGAUCACUUCCAGCGCGAGCUCCGUGAUAUCCUUCAGGAUUUCCAGAGCAAGUCAGUCUUCCCUGACUGGCACGCCACCGAAUCCUGGAAGCUCCUCAAAGAAUUUGCAAGCUCGGCCCAGCAUCGAGCUGCUGUACAAAAAAUACCAGAGAACCAAAAUAUGACUAGUGGUCUUGGAAUGCAGCUACAGAAAGCAACAAUAGUGCAGGCAAAGAUAGAGGACUUCGUUAAUCAUAUGUCAGAACUUCUUCGUAUCGAACGGGAUGCAGAGCUAGAAUUUACUCAGGAAGAGUUAGAUGCUGUCCCUCAUCCUCAUGAGAACUCUGAGUUAUUGAAACCAAUUGAGUACCUUGUUAGCCAUGGACAGUCACAGCAAGAGCAAUGUGACACAAUUUGUAAUCUGAAUGCUAUCAGCUCUUCUACAGGACUUGGAGGCAUGCAUUUAGUAUUAUUUAGAGUUGAAGGUAACCAUAGGUUGCCCCCUACUACUCUUUCGCCGGGUGAUAUGGUCUGCAUUAGAAUAUGCACUAGUAGGGGUGUUGGGGCGACUUCAUGCAUGCAAGGCUUUGUUAACAGUUUUGGUGAAGAUGGAUACAGUAUCACUGUGGCACUUGAGUCUCGCCAUGGAGAUCCUACUUUUUCUAAGUUAUUUGGUAAGAGUGUCCGUAUGGACCGCAUUCAUGGUUUGGCUGAUGCACUAACAUACGAGCGCAAUUGUGAAGCAUUAAUGCUUCUUCAGAAGAGUGGUUUACAUAAAAAGAAUCCCUCAGUUGCAGUGGUUGCAACUCUGUUUGGAGAAAAAGAAGAUCUAGUUUGGCUGGAGGAGAACAAGAUUGUUGAAUGGUGUGAAGCAGAUAUUGAUGUUUUAAUAAGGGAGGAAAGGUUUGAUAAGUCUCAAAUAAGAGCUAUUGCAUUAGGUUUGAACAAGAAGCGGCCUUUCUUGGUGAUACAAGGGCCUCCUGGUACUGGAAAGACAUGUCUGCUCACAGAACUGGUAAGUCUAGCUGUUAGACAGGGUGAACGUGUGCUUGUGACCGCUCCUACAAAUGCAGCUGUGGAUAACAUGGUGGAAAGGCUUUCAAACAUGGGGUUGAACAUUGUACGUGUUGGAAAUCCUGCUCGAAUGUCUGCAUCUGUUGCUUCAAAAUCUUUAGGGCAGAUUGUGAACGACAAGCUUGCAGUCUUUAGAAAGGAAUUCGAGAGGCGGAAGUCAGAUCUAAGGAAAGACCUCAAGCACUGCUUAAAGAACGAUUCUCUAGCAGCUGGUAUACGUCAGCUUCUAAAACAACUUGGGAGAACUUUGAAAAGGAAAGAAAGAGAUACGAUUAAGGAAGUACUUUCAAGGUCCUCGGUUGUACUUUCUACUAAUACAGGUUCUGGUGACCCCCUUAUUAGAAGACUGAACAGCUUUGAUCUAGUUGUUAUAGAUGAAGCAGGGCAGGCCAUUGAACCAUCCUGCUGGAUUCCAAUUUUGCAGGGAAAACGAUGCAUACUAGCUGGUGAUCAAUGCCAGCUUGCUCCAGUGGUUCUCUCUAAGAAUGCCAUGGAUGGUGGACUUGGCAUUUCGCUACUGGAGAGAGCAUCAACUUUGCAUGAUGGUGCUCUAGUGACAAAACUGACCAUUCAAUAUCGAAUGAAUGAAGCAAUUUGCAGUUGGGCGUCAAAGGAGAUGUAUGGUGGAAUGUUGCAGUCUUCUGCAUCAGUUGCUUCACAUCUUCUUGUUGAUUCUCCAUUUGUCAAGGUGACAUGGAUAACACAGUGUCCUCUGCUCUUACUUGAUACACGAAUGCCUUAUGGUAGUUUAUAUGCUGGAUGCGAGGAACAUUUGGAUCCAGCAGGUACAGGCUCCUUCUAUAAUGAAGGUGAAGCAGACAUAGUUGUGCAGCAUGUCUUCAAUCUAAUCUAUUCUGGAGUCUCUCCAAAUGCCAUAGCUGUUCAAUCUCCAUAUAUUGCUCAAGUAAAACUUCUGAGGGAUAGACUAGAUAUAUUUCCAGAAGCCUCUAGUGUUGAAGUUACAACGAUUGAUAGCUUUCAAGGACGGGAGGCUGAUGCUGUUAUUAUAUCAAUGGUUAGGUCAAAUACGCUAGGGGCUGUUGGAUUCCUUGGCGAUAGUAGGAGAAUGAAUGUAGCAAUAACAAGAGCACGCAAACACGUUGCAGUUGUAUGUGAUAGUUCAACCAUAUGCCACAACACUUUCUUAGCCAGGCUUCUGCGUCACAUUCGACUUUUUGGCCGAGUAAAGCAUGCCGAGCCUGGAUCUUUUGGAGGAUUUGGAGUCAGCUUUGAUCCCAUGUUGCCUUCCAUCGGCUAAGUAUCUGGUUUAUGCAUAUUUCUAUUGAUCAUGUAAAUGUUCUUAUUUUUACAUUCUUUUAAUAACUUGUAAAAAUGAUUAUUUUACGUAAGUUUCCGCUGGGUCCUUGCAUGGUUGAAUAUAAGAUGAAAACUAAUUUCUAGCU